UCAGAGAAGAAAUAGAAGAAAAUAUUGAUACAAGUGCAAUCAGUCAUAAACUUCUCAUUAUUGAUACAAUGACAUAAAGCAGCUUCGUGAUAUCAAGAAUCAACAAAGCAGCGAUAAAAGUCUCAUGAAAAGAUGAAGAUAAUGGCAGUUUUAAAAUAAAUAAUAAAAAAAUAUCAAAAUAUUUUAUCUGCCCGAGUAUAAAAACGACGUAUCGACACGAUUACAGAAGCAGUUGGAGAAGUGAUUUGGAAUUAUAAAGGAAAAAAUAAUUAAAUUAAAGUGUCUGAAAAUAGUGUCUCAGAAGAAGAAAAAUUAAAAAGUGUGAAUUACUUACACAUUUUUGUGUAAAAAAAAUAUUAAAGAAGAUAAAAAUCCAAUAAAAAACACAAAAAAAUGAAAUCCCGAAGAAAUUUUGCUGUGAUAUCUCGAUCCACCGUCGCAUGUUUGGCUUUUAUGCUCGUUGCUGUCUCACACGUGAGCACAUUGGAAAAUGGCUUGGCACGAACCCCGCCAAUGGGAUGGCUCUCAUGGGAGCGUUUCAGAUGUAACACGGAUUGCGAAGGAGAUCCAGAGAAUUGCAUAAGUGAAGACCUUUUCCGCACAAUGGCAGAUUUGGUUGUCUCCGAAGGUUACGCCGCUGUCGGUUACGAGUACAUCAACAUCGACGAUUGUUGGUUGGAAAAGUCUCGAGGCCCAAAUGGUGAAUUAGUUGCUGACAAAAAACGUUUUCCUCAUGGCAUGAAAGCUCUUUCGAAUUACAUCCACGCAAAAGGCUUGAAAUUCGGAAUUUACGAAGAUUAUGGAAAUUACACAUGCGCCGGAUAUCCGGGAAUUUUGGGAUACUUGCAACAAGAUGCUGAAUUAUUUGCUUCAUGGGAUGUUGAUUUCGUGAAAUUAGAUGGAUGUUAUUCGCUUCCGUUAGAUAUGGACUAUGGAUAUCCCGAAUUUGGGCGUCAUUUGAAUCGCACAGGAAGACCAAUGAUUUAUUCUUGCAGUUGGCCUGUUUAUCAAAUUUAUGCCGGAAUUAACCCAAAUUUCUCUUCGAUCAUCGAACAUUGCAAUUUGUGGCGUAAUUUUGAUGACAUUCAAGAUUCGUGGGCAUCGUUGGAGAGCAUCAUCGACUAUUAUGGCAACAAUCAAGACAAUAUUGCUCCCAAUGGAGGUCCCGGGCAUUGGAAUGAUCCUGAUAUGUUAAUUAUCGGCAACUUUGGUCUCUCUUACGAGCAAUCCAAGACACAAAUGGCUUUGUGGGCAAUUUUAGCAGCUCCAUUGUUGAUGUCAGUCGAUCUUCGUACAAUUCGUCCCGAAUAUAAAGCCAUUUUACAGAAUAAGGCAAUCAUCGAUGUCGAUCAAGAUCCUUUGGGCAUCCAAGGACGACGCAUUUACAAACACAAAGGCAUCGAAAUCUGGUCGAGACCCAUCACGCCAAUUUAUCAAACGUAUUAUUCGUAUGCAAUUGCCUUCGUUAAUCGACGCACUGAUGGAACUCCGAGCGAUGUUGCUGUCACGUUGCGCGAAUUGGGACUCGUAGCUCAAACUGGAUACAGAGUCAAGGACCUUUAUGAAGACGUCGAUUACGGAAUUCUCAGCCCAAAUACCAAAAUCAAGGUUAAGGUUAAUCCAUCAGGCGUUGUUAUCUUGCGAGGCGACGUUCAACCCGAGAGAUUUUCGAAGAGACCUUUCGUUAAUCCCGUAAAUUAUUUCCGAUACAAUCAAAAGUAAAGAAAAAAUUAUGGAAAAUUAUGAAAAAUUAACAACGACGACGGAUUUUUAUAAAAAAAAAAUUAAUUCUGUAGAUUUAAGACAAAAAAUUAGUUUUAGUGAAAAAACAUUCCACAAAAAGUUAUUAAUUUAUGAAGACUUUCUUCUACUUUUCCUAUAAAAAUGUAAUUCAAGAGCUGCCAAUGCACGCAAAACUCGUUAGAGUUUAUCUUUUGGGAAAUUCGGCCUUUCGUUUCUUAGAAAAUUUUUUUUUUGUUAAAAA